AAUUCAUUCUUCUUUAUUUCUUACAGCAAAUGAAAGAAGUAUUGUCGUUCCUAAUCAGGUAAAGAAAAAGGAGAUAGGAAAAGUAAAAUACGUCUUUGCGCUUGGUUUUCCUUUUCCUUUUCUUCUUUCUUUUGAAUUGCUCGGCUCAGAGCACCAAUCCUGCUCUCCAACGUGCAUGCAAGGUUGUUUCUACAAGCAGCCCGAAUAUAAAGUAUGACCUUUGUGUUUCCAGCAUCAAAUCACAUCCCAUGAUCCAGGAUGCUAUAAGCCUUGGACAACUGUACUUGAUCUCAAUUAAUCUCGCAGAGAAAAAUGCAACCAACAUCAUCUCCUACAAUAUUGAAAAACUCUUAACCAAUGAAACCAUUGUGGGACAUGUCCGAUCAUGCGUGGACACUUGUGCUGAGGUUUACUCUCCAGUAAUUUCCCUUUUACAAGAUGCUCAUAAUGCUUUCAAGUCGAAGAAUUAUGCAACAGCCAAAGCAUCCCUCAGUUCGGCCAUUACUAUUCCAGAUUCUUGUGAACAAUUUUUUGCUGAAGGGGAAAUUGCAACGGAGUCUCUUUUGGCUAAGGAGGAUGCAACUUUCCAUCAGAUGGCCGCAAUUUCUCUUGCUUUUCUCAGUAUGAUGCAAGGAUGAAGAAUUUGUUUUUCUUUUUUGCAUAUUAACUAACAGAUAAGAACAUUCUUGACUUUUUACCAUGUGGAAAUAAUGCAAUUGCAUGAUC